AUGUUGAAGUUGGCAAAUCCGGGAACUGUUGCUGAUAUAGAGAUAGAUGUGGAUGAAGAGGGCCUCCAGAGGUUUCAGUACGUUUUCUUAGCAUUUGGUGCUUCGAUUCGUGGCUUCAGGCAGCUAAGGCCUGUGAUAUCCAUUGAUGGAACACAUUUGUGGGGCGAAUACCAGGGAGUUUUGCUGACUGCGGUGGGACAAGAUGCGAAUUUUCAGUUGUUUCCUCUUGCUUAUGCAGUUGUUGACGUUGAGGAUGAGGAGUCCUGGACAUGGUUUCUUACCAAAUUGGAGCAGAUAUUGGCUGAUAGUCCAACGUUGACUAUUGUUUCGGAUAGACACAAGGCGAUACCACUUGCUAUUAAAGCAGCAUAUCCUAAGGCUACUCAUGUCGCUUGUAUUGUCCAUCUAGCUAGGAAUGUCUCAUCAACGUUCACCAACAAAGGUUUGGGGAAGUUGGUGAAGCUUGCUGCUUAUGCGUAUAGGGUGAAGUCCUUCAAUCUUGUGUUUGAUAAGAUCAGAUCUACAAGUAGGGAGUGUGCUCUAUAUUUAGAGAUGGCUGGGAUGUCUUUUUGGACCAGAGUUUAUUCCAAAGGUGAGCGUUAUAAUAUGAUGACGAGCAAUGCAUGCGAGCAGCUGAACAAAGCAUUGAAGGAAGGUAGGGGAUGUCCAAUAGUUGAGCUUCUGCAGUUCAUACAACGUAUGAUGACACGUUGGUUUAGUGCUCGUCGCAAGAAAUCCCUCAAAUGCCGUGGUGGUCUUCCGCCUGAGUUGUUAGUAAAUUCGAAGAAAUGUUCGUGUAAGAAAUAUGACCGGCUUAAGAUCCCGUGCGGUCAUGCUUUACUGGCCGGUGACUCACUUGGUUUACUUCCAAGCACUUUGGCGGGUCAUGUUUUCAAACCAAACGUUUGGCAAACGACGUAUUGUGAAUAUGUUUGCCCUGAGGGUAACUCCGCUGAUGAGGUACUGCCUGCAGUUUUAUCCAACCUGGAGCUGAUGCCUCCAAGGAACCGAAGAUUGUUAGGCCGUCGGAAGAGAAAAAGGAUUCCCUCAACCGGCGAAUUUCCGGUUCCCAAGACUAGGAAGAUGGUUCCUAACCGAUGUAGUCGUUGUCAGAAAGAAGGCCAUAACCGUACAACAUGCAGUCAGCGUUCCUGA